UGUCUGAAAAAGAAAUUGACCAUACACAGAGAAAAACGAAGAUGAUGCAAAUGGCAGCGAUCUUUGGUGUGCACUGUCUGUUGGCAUUCAUACGACCAGCGUGUUCUGAAAACAUCGACUACACGAUAACCAUAAAAACCGCUGACCGAGCCAAUGCCGGCACUGAUGCUGAUGUAUUCAUUAAUAUUUUCGGCUCCUACGGUUCGACCGGCAGAAAGGUCUUGCCUGAUCAGACGGCCGGCCAUUUUGAGAGGGGCGACGUGGACACAUUUGUGUUACACACCAAAAACGUGGGGCGGAUUCGUGCUAUCGAGAUUGGUCACAACAACCGAGGUCACAAAGCAGGCUGGUUCCUUGACUAUGUUGAAAUAGUUCAGAAAGUGGCAGCUGUCUUUGACUUCAACAUUAGACCUGGUACUACCAAGUACCGGUUCGACUUUUAUGGCUGGAUCGCUAAUGAUGAGGGUGACGGGCAGCUGGCAAAGACCAUAUAUACUAGUUUCCCUCAGGUCAACCUGGGCUAGACUUGUCUAAAGUCCAUUAUCUACCGAAAUUAAAGAUUCAAAAUAAGGCAGAAUUUUAGUUACAGCUCAGGCUGUGUAAAAUAAAAAACAGAUGCUUGUUAUGAGUUAGUAGUUGUUUAAACAUUCGAAUCACGCUGCUUUUAAUUAUAAGAUGUAAUUGUAUUUAUCCAAAUGAAAAGUAAAUUAAAAUUAUAUAACAUUCUAUAAUUGUU